GGCGCAUUCCAACCCCGUAAUCAUCACAAUGCAGCCUCGAGUCCAUCUGCGCAGGUUGUGAAGUGGGUGUUUUGUUCAGCCGCCACCCUUCUCAAGACAAUAGAUCCUGCGCGACAUUGUUUCGUUUCGUUGUGAUCUACGAACCACUGUGUGUGUCGGGUCCAACACUUUCACUCUGGCCUUCACCAUGGACGCUGUGUCCCGGAGAGAAGACGCUCAGCAGGACAUUCACCGAGACAGUCAUGGAACGCAAGAUUCGCAAACGGCUUCAGAUUUCAUCAACCAGCAGUUGGCCCUGGAGGCUGAUGCGCGCGAAGUCUUGCCAUACAAAUUCGACAAAUGUACCCACGUCCUCGGUCCUCUCCGUCAGAACGUCUUCGCAUGUCUAACCUGCAGUCCACCACCCGCCUCGGCAGCACAAGUCUACACUCCUGCCGGGGUAUGCUACGCCUGCUCGAUAUCAUGCCAUGGAGAACACACUCUCGUCGAACUAUUCAGUCGAAGGAACUUCGUCUGCGACUGCGGGACAACAAGACUUCCUGAAACCUCACCGUGUAUGCUCCGAGCUGAUCCCAAAACUGGUGCUCGAGGGGUUCACUCGCAGGAAGCGCAUCCUGGCAAUCAUUACAACCACAAUUUCCAGAACCGGUUCUGCGCAUGCGGAGAGGAAUAUGAUGCCGAAAACGAGAAGGGCACCAUGUUCCAAUGUUUAGGACUAGGCACGGUUGAAACAGGCGGUUGCGGCGAAGAUUGGUAUCACCCUGAAUGUCUGAUGGGAUUGCGAAGAGACUGGUACAAGAACGUGGACUCGAAUAAAGAGCAGGAGCAGCAACAACAACAGGACGGGGAGGAAGAAGACUCACAUCCCAUCCCUCCAGGUUUCCCGCACGAAGACGAAUUCGACGCCAUGAUUUGCUACAAAUGCGUCGAGUCUAAUCCCUGGAUCAAGCGGUAUGCGGGCACUCCAGGCUUUCUCCCACCGGUGUUCAGGAAGGAGUCAAACUCAGAACCAGAACCAAAACCAAAACCGGAAGAAUCCGCUCUUUCAACAACCAUCCCUGUCAGCCUUAAGCGCAAAGCAUCCGAGAGUGACAUGGACACCGUGACAGGUCCAACAAAUCCUUCAAAACGAGUCAAGGACGAACCUGAACAUGAACUCACCCCUCAAUCCAAUUCCACCGAACCAGCACCAGGACCCGCACCCAGCAUCACCGACACUUCUUCUUCCAAUCACGACCAAAAAGCAGAAUCCAAUCCAGCGCCAAAACCUGAACCAGUGAACGUGGUUCACAAACACGACUCCCUCCCUCCCACCCCUCCAUCCGGCAGAUUUUCCCUAUUUCUCAAAUCCGAUUUCCGGGAACACCUAUGCCACUGUCCAACCUGCUACCCCAACAUGAUCCCGCACCCCCAACUCGUCGAGGAAGAAGAAACAUACGAACCAUCUCUGUCCUCAGCAUCCGAGUCUGAUGCCGUAGCUGGUGCCGCGACAGGAGGAUCAGCUCGUUCCGCCAGCCUCCUCGACCGCGGCGAAGCGGCUCUAUCCACCAUGGACCGAGUCAAAGCCAUCGAAGGCGUCAUGGUGUACAACCAUUUACGGGACAAAGUUAAGGAAUUCUUGAAACCCUAUGCCGAGACCGGUAGGGCAGUCUCAGCGGAGGAUAUCAAGGCGUACUUUGAGAAAUUGCGCGGUGAUGAAAGCGGGAUCAGGGAGGCGAGUGCAAAGCCUGGUGAUGGGGAUGGGGAUGGUGGUGGCCCAGGAGAUAAUCGGAGGGAUCAAUCUGGGUACUAGGUACUAGCUAGACUACCUACCUUGGUAGCAUUGAAUGGACCUGAGGUGCCUUUAGGUACUGCUUGAUGUUCUAGUACAGCAAGCAGUAGUACUGGCCGCUGCUGGUAGAUAGUACUCCGCGGAAUUCAAUAUUUCCCCGACCA